AUGAGUGAAGUAAAACAAGACAUAUUCAACACAACUACAACUGAUUCUUCAUCAAAAGAUAAUAAAAUAACUAAUGAUGAAAAAACUAUACAGUUUCAAAUAAAUGAUGAUACUGGAAAUAAUAAAAAUGUUCAGGAAAAUACUGAACCUUGGAAACCACAUGGACCUUGGUAUAAAGAUGUUACAAAACGCAGAUGGUUUGCAUUUGGUUUAAUUGCAUUUUUGAUAGUAAUUGUCAUUAUUGUUGUUCCAAUAUCAGUUUCACAUGCAAUCAAAGAUAAAUAUUGUCUAUUCUCUAAUAGUAGCGAAGAAGCUGAUGAUUAUUUCUUUGGAUCAUCACCAAUAGUAGAAGAUGAUAAUUCAAAUUUAGCUUUACAUUUAAAAGACUUAUAUAGAAACACAACUAUCAAAGAAUUAAAUUUAAGGAUUAAAAAUAUUUUGAGAGCCGAUCCAAUUAUACAAAAAAUUGUAUUUAAUGGAAGAAAGGUUACUGAUGGAGAUAAAGAUUUACAAUAUUAUGGAAUCAAGAAAAAUAGCGUAUUGCAUUUAGACCUUUUGCCAUUUUCACCAUCACCUUCUUAUUUUAAGGAUAAGAAAGAUAAGAAGAAGAAAAAUAUCAUAUUCAAGAGAUUUAUUAAUCCAAAUUUUAUAAAUAAAUUAUAUGAUAAUGCUUUUACAUUAUAUAAUGAUUUUGGUGACAAUAAAUACUCAUCUUCAUCAUCACAAUGUGAAAAAUAUAAGGUGAUUUUUCAACAUUUGGUUAAAGAAAAGUCUUUGGUUAAAAUCAAGAGAUUUGAUAUCAGGAAUGAUCGACUUGAUGAAUAUUGGGUUUCUCCUUGUGAAAACGAAUUAAAACCAUUUGGUGUUCUAGUCAAAAAAGUUGAAAAUUGCGAUUAA